AUGAAACCUGCUAAUUUUUUAAUCGUUUGUAUCUUCAAUUGGAUAUUAUGGACAUUUGUUAAAUCUACUCCAAUUCGAAAAAGUCUAGCCAUACAGGUUGAAAAGGAUAACACGGAAACUAGAAUAUUAAAUGAUGGGGCUGAAUCGUCGGUCAAUGCUCAAAUUCGAGGAUAUAAACUCCCAAAAAUAAAAAUUAUAGAAAAGGACAAAGAUAAAGGAGCAGACAAAGUGCUUGACAGAAGUGGAUAUAAUAAAUCAUAUUACCAAAAAAAUAAAGAAAAGAUGCGUGAAUAUCAUCGAAAUUAUCGAAAGCAAAACAAAGAAAGAGUAAAUGAAAAGGUGAGAAACAAUUACCAAAAAAAUAAGGAAAAAAUACUCAAAAGGCAGAAAAAUUAUAAAAAAAAUAAUAGAGAAAAGGUGAACGAAUACCAACGAAAAUACCGACAAGAAAAGAAAAACAUUCAAUCUGGUAAUAAUGAAGGAACUUCAUUUGAUAAUCCACAGACUGAUGAUUUUAUUAAAAAUGGUAAAUUACCAAUUGAUUGUCAGGAGAGUUUUGAGGAAGAAAAUCCAAAUAGAGCAGAGGAAAAAUGCAACAAUAGUGAGGCUGAACAUAAUCAAAUCGAGGCAGAAGAGCCAAAUAAAAUUCUUGAAGAGGACAUAAAUCAAAAAGAAUUAAAUAAAAAAAUUCAUUUUUUUGAUUUGAACGAGAUGCCUGAUGAUGAAGUAUGA